AUGUCUCUGGCGGAGGCCGAUUCGGCAUUGCUCACUUACUUUCACACCCUCUGCAACACCUUGAUGUCGCCCUCUGAAGUCCAGGAGGACUACGGUCUAACUCGAGCAGCCUCAGCAGUAUGCCAGAAGACUCUAUAUCAGGCCUGGAAACAGGCUGAUGAUGAGGGAGCUCGGCGGGUGGCCCAUCUACAGGCGGCUUGCUUUGGUAAUUUGGUCACCCUCGCUCAAACGGCAGUUUUCGGUUACGGAAAGGCCUUACGACUUUACGGUUGA